AUGUUCAAAUACGCCGUUGUUAUCUUUGCUGUCAUUGCCUGUGCUGCUGCCAAACCUGGUUUCUUAGGAGCUCCUUUGGCUUACACCGCUCCCGCCGCCGUUGUUGCUGCCCCCGCUGGUGUUGUUACUGCCACCAGUAGCCAAUUUGUUGCCCGCAACCACAAUGGUAUUGCCACCGCUCCUAUUGUAGCUCCAGUAGCUGCCCCUGUUGCCGCCUACACUGCUCCCGUUGCUGCUGCUUAUACCGCUCCUGUUGUAGCCAAAUACGCUGCUGCCUACUCUCAUCCUUUGGCUUACUCUUCACCUUUGGCAUACUCCGCCCCUGUUGUAGCUAAAUAUGCCGCUGCCUACACUCAUCCCUUGGCUUACUCCGCUCCUUUGACUUAUGCUGCCACUCCUGUAGCUUAUGCUAAUGCUCAUUUGGAUGCCGCUUAUGCCAGCAGCCGUGUUGACAUCAAACAAAACUACAAUGCUGCCGUAGUUCCUGCCACUUAUGCUGCCGCCGCUGCUGUACCCGUAGCUACCCCUUUGGCUGCUCCCGUAGCCACAGUUGCUGCCGUAGCUCCUAUUAAAUACACUGCUGCCCCAGUUUUGUUGUAAAUUUAGAUUUUCUUAAUGAUGUUGCGAAUUAAAAUAUAUGAUCUGUGAUCUAACGAAUUUUGAAUAA